AUGAAUUAUAUUAACGUUAGAAACAAUAACAAUUAUAAUAACAACUAUAGAAAUGAUCAGUAUAAUAAUAGUAACCAUCAAAAUUACAAUUAUCGGAAGAACGCCUGGUUUAGUUAUAAUCAGAGGAGGCAGAUUCAAUGUGACGAUCAAAAUCAUAAUAAUUACCGAUCUUACAACAACAAUUCAAGUUAUGAAGGAAACAACAGGCGGCAUAAAAAUGAUAACCAAAGAAAACAAAUCGAAUAUGACGAUCGUAAUCGGAAGGAUUUUAACCAAAGAAAACAAAUCGAAUAUGACGAUCGUAAUAGGUGGAAGGAUUUUAAUCAAAGAAAACAAAUCCAGUAUGAUAAUCAAUACUUCUACGAUAGCAAUAAUUGUAAUAUGAACAUUGAAAAAAUUGGGGAAAAUAAAGUUGACACUGUCAAAUAUAAUAAUGAGAAUAAUUUUAAUGUCAACAACCUGGCUGAAAAUACAGACAAAAGUGAUGACAGUGCUUUUAUGACUACUUUGAAAUUAAACUACUACUGUGCAGGUCGACACUGGACGAGCCAGCGUACUCAAAACGAUAUUAAUAAACCAACGUGA